GACCGAUUCGAUUUUUUUAAAACACCUAAAACUCGAAGUUCAAGUCCAUAUAAACGCCGAGAUCCCCAAUCUUUGGCUCAGUCAAGAACUGGUCGUGCAAAAAUAAACAUCGACCAUGAAACAACAAAUAUAUUUAUUGUUGUCGUUAACAUUACAUGUGGGAUUGUCUAGCUGUUAUGGUCACGGAGUCAAGGGAUCAUUUAGCAAAAGCUUUAGUAGUUCGUCUGCGUCAGCAUCCUCAUCAGCUUUCAGCGGUUCCUUUUCCUCUGGAUCGGACGGUGAUGAUCUCAACAAUGCUGUAAAAUCCGGCAGCGGUGCUUUUUCUACGGCCAUUGCCAACGCUGGUUUAAAUGGAGCGCCAGCUCAAGCAGUUUCCGGUUCAGGUUCCUUUGCACACUCCAAUUCCGGAUCGUAUUCUGGUUCUUUAUCUGGGCACAACGCCGAUGUUGGGGAAGGGAAGACUACUGCACAUUUCCACAACGGAGGAGCUGGAUUUAAUGGGCAAAUACCUGUAGUAGUGAGUGGAUCCGGUUCGUUAUCAGGCGCCAAUUCUGGGUUCUUACCUCCCACUGUUGGUGGUAAUCCACAAGGUUCAAAAUGCGCAGGAAACUCGGUCUGUAAUUCAGGUUAUAACAACCAAGGAACUUAUUCCGGACAACAAGGAGUCAACGCAGUUCUAGGAACUCAAGGCCAGGAUGUAAACAUUAACGAUGUUGCCAAGGAAAGCGGUGCCUUCGUCAACGAUUUUAAUAUUCCCGACGAAUUCAUCCCGGAAAGCCAACCGAAAUACCAUUUUCCAGGCCCUGAUGGAAGUAUUCAUUCUUCGAAGCCGGCACAUGGUGGUGCUGGAGUCGUUACGUACGAACCACAAUUUCCUCAAAUUCCCACGUACUCGUAUGUCGGUGCUUCUGAUGGCUCCUAUAAACCAGGCGAAUGCAAGAGUUGCAAAGGCCCAUUUCCUGGACCUAAAGGCAGCAUUCACGAUUUCAAACCAGUAUCACACAGUGAAGGUAACGCUCCGUCCUGGACGCCAGAACAACCGCAACAGCCACAACGACCACAACAACCACUACCUCCUCUAGUAAGGCCCACCAUAGAUUACAGUAAACUGCCUGGUCCUUCGGGAAGCAUAUACGAUAGCAAACCAGUCACUCACGCAGGGAAUAUACCGGUAGCUGUUAUUCCUAGCGGUACUCCUUACAAUCAAGUUCCUAGCGUCAAUAAAGUUCCUCAAGUCCAGCCUGGUUACAAUCAGGAAAAGCAAUGGAUAAAACCUGGUUCAAUAGCAUUAAAAUUUAUUGGAAAAUUACCCGGACCAAUGGGAAGCAUUUACACCAGUUUUCCAGUGGGCAAAGUAGGCCCUAACACGCAACAUGUUCCUGUUUUAACCCCUACAAACACUCCUACUGGUAAACCCGGAUGUACUGAUGGACAGUGCGAUGAAUACGGUGGUCGGUUAAGUUGUCACGGCGUUGAUUGUUUUGGGCCUGGCAAGAAACCUGAUAACGUACACUUUUCCAAUGCCAAUUCUCAAGCUAACAGCAAUACUAAACAAGAACAUGAAAAUGUUAACUUCAAUUUCGGACAUCCUACUUUGAGACCUGAUGAACCGGAUUGUCUUAAAGGUCAGUGUAAUACUGGACCGGUGAAGAAACCUGGUAACGUGCACUUUUCUAAUGCCAAUUCUCAAGCAAACAGCAAUAAUGAACAUGGAAAUAUUAACUAUAAUUUCGAUCAUCCUUCUUUACGACCUGAGGAACCGGAUUGUUCUAGAGGCCAGUGUAACAUCGACGGAGCGUACCAUCCUGAAAAAUCAGUACCGGGAUUACCGGGUAAAACGUGCAGUGGAUUAGCAUGUUUGGAUCACGUAAAUACGCAAGUUAAUAUACCAGUACCAGUGACUAUUGUACCUCAACGUGUACCGGACCAUAACGACGAAGAACAUCCUAAAUUCGAUUUUGAUAUCGACCUUAGGCAGAAACCCGAAGACAAAUUUGAUUUUCCUCCUUCAAAUAACUACAAUAACAAACAUACUUUUAGUGGCAAUGCUAACAGCAACACUAAUGCUGCUCAUGAAGGAAAUAUUAAUGUUCACAUUGGACAAAAACCUGACCGUACUCCAAAUGAUAUUCCUGUCGAGGCAGAAAAUCCAACCACAGGCAAACCAGUUAGUGGAAGCAGGGAUUUCUUACUACCGGGAAAUAAACCAUACCAUCAUCAUCAUGUUGUAAGACCACACCAUCCAAAUCCCGAGAAUCAUCCAACACCUACUCAUCAACCCCCACAAACUCCUGACAGUAAUUAUUAUAAAUGCACCUCCGAAUCCUGUAACUUACCCAAGCCCAGCGAAGAGCCUCAUACUGAAGAAUUGGACGUUACAAUAAAAUGCGAAGGAGGUAAUUGCGAACGAAAAUACUACAGUUGUACCGGCUCAUCCUGCCCAUUGCCACAUCCUCUCCCUAAUCCUCUUCAACCAGGUAAAGCUCCAGUUAAAAGUGGACAAUUACCACUUCUGUUCCCUAAUCCUUUUCAACCUGGUAAAGUUCCUGUUCAAAGUGGACCUGAAAGACCGGUUCAACCAGUAAUAGGCGUAUCGGUGUGUACUGGAGAGUCCUGUAAGUUACCUAAGCCUAGUGGAAUACCUCAUCAGCAUGUCCACGUUAAUCCAGGAUGUCAGGGAAAUCAAUGCAAAUUUGGAAGCGAUGAUAGAAUUAAUAAUUAUCCGCCCUACUUUGAAAUACCUGUUCCCUCUCAAGAAAAUCGUCCUUUAAAUAGUGUAGGUCAAUUUUCUGGUUCCAAUAGCGCAGCUAAGGCCGAUGGUAUUUCUUACGAAGAACAAAUCAACAUCAGUGAUCUUCCUUUAGAUUAUUCUUCAGAUGUCUCGUUCAACAAAAAUCAGGGCGCUACUAAAUCGAAAGUUGGUUGCACUCAAGGCAACUGCCAAUUAAUACCAGGUUCAUAUUCUCCAGGAUUUGUGUCUGGAAACGUAGUAAUAGAGAAGGGUAACCAACAAGAAAUUCCAGUAGUCCUAUUUCCUGUAACGCCAUGUCAGGGAGGAAAAUGCUCUAACCAACCUUGCGGUAAUGGUAAAUGCGGUCAAGGAGCAAAUGGUGCUCAGUUUGGUGGCCAUUCGGAAGCGGUAUCUGGCAGUUUUUCGGGAUCUACUAGCCAUGGUGGAGUAAAUGGUUGCAAAAACGGCGCUUGCGGGCUUAUUCCAGCAGGAGGUGGUUCGUAUUCCGGCAGUUCUGCUUUCAGCGGUGCAACCAGCGGCAGUUUUGCGAAUUCAAAUGGACCAGAAUCCGGUUUAAAGGCAAUUAAGGAUUUAAUUACCGGACUCGGUCAAGGGGUUCCAGGAUUCAACGGAGCUAGUUCAUUUUCUCACAGUGGAUCAUCGUCGUAUGGUUCAGGAUUCUCCGGUUCUUAUUCCAGUGCUGGUUCCUCCUCUUAUUAAAAACAUUAUACCUAAACAAUUUAAGAAGACACCUGGUGGUUUUACGAAUAAUUAUUAUAAUCUGAAUACUCUUGUUCAAAUGUGAUGCUAAUAGUAAGAAAAUAUUGUUAAGUGCCUUUAAGUAUGUGAUUAUUUAAUAAUAUACUUAAAUAAAUUUAUAGAAAAGUCUAGA